UUAAAUACUUUGUAUUUUCAAUUCAAAAUCGUCAUGCACAAAAAAUAAUACCAAAAUAGUACAAUUUGGUAUUUUCAAAAUGUGGUCACUCUAAUUUGUUGUGUUUACCUUUUUGCUCGCAACGAAAACAAAUUGUUUGGAAGCAUUUUGGGUAAAAUUUGAACUGCCAUCGAGAAGAUGGAGGAACGCGAAGAGGAAGCAAUUGGCGAUAGCCACUGGCUCAAUUGGUGUCGUCUGUGCGGCAGCAAGGACGAUAUCAGUGGCAACGUUAAGAUCUACACCAAUGAGAAGGAAACGACGUGGAAUAGUGUUCUGGUGCUGGCCAUUCGCAAAUAUUUCGAUGUGCAUAUGCAAGUGGAGGACGAGCUGGGCGCAGUGCUGUGCAAGGAGUGCUAUACGCUAAUCAGCGAGCUAAUCGACUUUGCCGAGCACGUCACAAAAGUCCAGGCAAUCUUUGAGGUAUUGCGCCGUUCGGAGCCAAAUAAUCAACUGGACAUGGAGGCACUACGACUGCAGUAUGGACUGCGUGAGGGCAACUGGACGCACAUCAUCAAGCCGGUGCCAGAAAUCGAGAAUAAUAAUGCCGGCAAACUGGAAAGAGACAUGUCACCCCCAAUCGACAAGGAAGAGGAGGAGGAGGUGCCCAAACAGGAAGAAACUGUCAAUCGCUUGCCAAUUGAAGAGAUACUAGUUGCUGGCUGGGAUGCCAACGAGGAUGCACAGGAGAGGAGAAAUCCUAAAAGAUUGUCAACAGAUGACAGGCCUAGAAAUCUACAAUGCAAAGAGGAGGAGGAGGAGCAGGAAGAGGACGAGCCGGAUAUUGAGAUUAAUAAAUUAAGUGCCGAUGCGGACCAGGAAUUCCUGCCAGAAGCAGCUACACUAAGUGUACCAUUCGAAGAUUCACUUGAUUGUUCAUCCCGCAACGAGGAUACGGAAUCCGAGCACAAUACUCCCGGCGUACUGCCGAGAACUAAACGCAGCACGAUGGAAUGCAGCUGGUGCGGUAAAUUGUAUCACAAUCGUGCCUCGUAUCUGAAGCACUUAAGACUUGUGUGUCGCAAGACGGAACAACGACCCAAACUGGAUAAGAAUACAUUUUGUGAGCUGUGCAACAAGACGCUGUCAUCCGCCGCGGCACUGAAGUUGCACAGGGAAGGCAUGCACGAGAAUGCCAAGCCCUUUGUGUGUGAUCAUUGUGGCAAGCAGCUAAAGACCAAAACCGCCCUCAACGAGCACAAGUUGGUGCAUACGGAGGAUCGUCCGUUUAGCUGUACGAUAUGCAAGGCGGGCUUCAAGAAUCGUGCUCGCCUCAAGGUGCAUUAUCAGAUCCACGAGGAGCCCAGCUAUGUGUGCAACAUUUGUGGCAAGAAACUGCAGACACAGCGCACGUGGAACAUGCACAAACUGGUGCACAGUGAAGAGCGCAAAUUCAAGUGUGACGUCUGCGGUGCCCUCUUCAAGCGCUCCAAAACCCUAAAGACCCACCUGCUCAGCCACACGGGUUUGCGUCCGUACAUCUGCAAUUAUUGCGGACAAACGUUCGCCUGCAAUGCGAAUUGUCGGGCGCACAAGCUGAAAAAGCAUUCGCAGGAACUGAAAAAGGAGGAGGGAGCGGGCUUAUCCUCCCGGUUAAGUGUACCCACUCUAGAUGAGCUGCGUGUAAUGUCACAAAAAAUACCCAAGGUGAAAGAGGAAUCUAAUAACUAAUAAUACUCGUUUUAAGAAUCUAAGAUUUAGCAAUAAGAUAAACUGCCUGUCAAUGUUGUCCGCCCGGCGCCUAUUCUAGAAGUAUAAAGUAAAUUUAUUUAAUUAAAAUUAAAAUAAGAAUCCCAGCAUAAAA